AUGGCACCCAACGUCGCCAUCAUCCAAGGCACCGGUAGUGGCAUCGGAGCACAGGUUGCCAAGCAGUACCUCUCGCGCACCGGACUCCAAGUAGUCGCCCUCUCCCGCGAUGCAUCUCGCGCUAAAGAUGCUAUCCUCUCUGGCGACUCUUCGCUAGACGCAUCCCGCCUGCACACGAUCUCGCUCGACAUUAGUUCCGAAGACUCGUACCACUCGGCUGCACAAGAGAUCAGCUCGCGAUUCGGCGACGCGUGCCUCAAGACGCUGUGGAACAUCAAUGGCAUCCUGAACGCUGAGAAGAAUCUCUCGCAGAUCUCGCUCGAGCAGCUGCAGCAUACGUUUGCGGUCAACACGUUCUCGCACCUGCUUGGGUUCAAGCACUUUGUCCCGCUCAUCCCACGUGGGGCCGAGGCGAAGAAGAUCCAGGAGGGCAAGGCGGAGAACGCAGCGGAGGGCGUGCUGCCGGGUGAUCUGAGCGUGAUCGCCAGCCUGAGCGCUCGGGUGGGCAGUAUUGGGGAUAACCAGAAGGGUGGGUGGUACAGUUACCGUGCCAGCAAGGCCGCGUUGAACCAGCUGAUCAAGACGCUCAGCAAGGAGUUGGAGCUCCGCUCUGUGCCGGCAAUCUCGGUGGGCUUGCACCCAGGGACGGUGCGCAGCCAAUUAAGCAAGGACUUUACCGGUGGAGAGGGCAGCGACAAGCCGCUAGACAAGAGCAAGGGCCAAUUCGAGGCGAGCGAGGCGGCGAAAAACUUGGUCGAUGUGGUCAGUGGGUUGAAAAAGGCUGAUAACGGUACCUUUAGGGAUUACAAGAACGAUGUCAUUCCUUGGUAG